GGUCUAGACGGACGGGGUUGUGAAAAAAAUGGUUGUCACGAUAUGUAGCUUGUCAAACUACAAAUGACAGAUACAUACAAAUUAUACAGAGUACACUAUCCAUGUCAGGGUCCAAGAAGGAUUUUCGCAGUAUUGUGCAACUUUUUGUCAUAGACAGGAAUAUUUUAUCUUGUCUGCAAACCCACCGUGAAUUGACUGCUGAGUGACUUAACCAGGUGGUGUUGGCACCUUUGUGUGCCAUCUCAUUCCAAGUCCCAGAGGAACCUUACAGUAGAAGAUGAACGGCCUGUCCAUUAGAGAGCUCUGCUGCCUGUUCUGCUGCCCACCUUGCCCCAGCCGCAUCGCAGCCAAGCUGGCCUUCCUCCCUCCAGAGCCCACCUACUCCAUGCUGCCUGACCCGGAGGCUACAGCUGCGGCAGCAGCCGGGACCACGCCAGGGGGUGCUCCCCCCUCUCUGGGGGCUCCAGGCCUGCGAUCCCGGCUGGGUGGUGGUGCGGGAGACAGAGGUGGUGGUGGUGGAGGAGGUGGCGGAGAGGGCAGGUGGAAGCUCCAUCUGACAGAGAGGGCAGAGUUCCAGUACACUCAGAGAGAGCUGGACAUGACAGAUGUGUUCCUGACCAGGUCCAGCCGGGGGAACAGGGUGGGCUGCAUGUACAUCCGAUGUGCCCCCAACGCCAGGUUCACAGUGCUAUUCUCCCAUGGUAAUGCAGUAGAUUUGGGUCAGAUGAGUAGCUUCUACAUUGGCCUGGGUACUCGUAUCAACUGCAACAUCUUCUCCUACGACUACUCUGGCUACGGUGUCAGCACCGGCAAACCCUCAGAGAAGAACCUCUACGCUGACAUAGACGCUGCCUGGCACGCCCUGCGCUCGCGGUAUGGCAUCAGCCCAGAGAACAUCAUCCUGUAUGGGCAGAGUAUUGGCACAGUACCAACAGUGGACCUGGCGUCCAGGUUUGAGUGUGCUGCUGUGGUGCUCCACUCCCCUCUCACCUCUGGCAUGAGGGUGGCUUUCCCCGACACCAAGAAGACGUACUGCUUCGACGCCUUUCCCAACAUAGAGAAGGUAUCUAAGAUCCCAUCUCCGGUGCUGAUCAUCCACGGGACGGAGGAUGAGGUGAUAGACUUCUCCCACGGCCUGGCUCUGUUUGAGCGCUGUCCCAAGGCCGUGGAGCCACUCUGGGUGGAGGGGGCGGGACACAACGACAUAGAGCUGUACAGCCAGUACCUGGAGAGACUACGGCGCUUCAUCAACCAAGACCUGGCUGCAGCACACGCCUGAGUGAGGAGGUGAGGGUGUGUGUGUGUGAGGAGCUGUACAACAACAUCAAACGACAGCCUUAAGUCUGUAGAAAAGGAGCAUCCACUAUGCUGUAAAUCUGUCUGGCUGUGUGUCUGGCUGUGUGUCUGGCUGUGUGUCUGGCUGUGUGUCUGGCUGUGUGUCUGGCUGUGUGUCUGGCUGUGUGUCUGGCUGUGUGUCUGUGGUUGAGGUUGUGUGCAUUGACUCAUGGGAAUGAAGGAUCUUGAUAUGGACACCUGUCAGACGCCUGGAUACGUGUACCUAGAGACAUUUGUGCACUACGAACAGUCUUCUCUGUGUACAUGUAUGUAUUUACAACUCCCAGAGUUGAAGAUGCUCUCUGUAUGGACCUGAGCUGACAUCACUCCUCCCAGUGGACAUCUCUCUGUCUACUUUUCUGUCUCUCUCCCUGUCUCUCUCCCUGACUCUCUCCCUGUCUCUCUAAUAAUGAACAUUUCUCUCUGGAUUUCUUUCAACUAUCCUGUCCUAACUAAGGACUAGGGCGAAGAAUAGAACUGGCCUUUGAGAGUCUAAGAGAACGUCUGCUCUCCUGUGUGUUUGUCUUGGGCUGUAGAAGGCAGCCAUUUGAACUUCUUCUGAGUUAAAGGUUGUGAUAAUUGAGUGAGAGUGGGGAAUGCAGGAUGUACUGCAGUAUUACUAUGACUAGUUGUUUGACUGUUGCCUGUCCAUGUUAUCUAAUAUGUUUGAAGUGAAAGGGUUGUGGAGACAUUGAUGUCUCUGAAGCCUGAGAUGAACAUGGAGAGUCUGAUCCCAGAUCUGUUUAUGAUCACAAACCAAUCUUGAAUCAGGCAACAAAAACCUAUAUCUAGUUUGUUUUCUUCUGUAAGGAGACCUCUGUCUCUUGAUAUAUUCCUAAUGUGAAUGAGCUAUAGUGGGAAAAACGUUUGAGAAAAGAAUGUUCAUUUAUAUCCAGUCUUCUCUGUGGCUCUUGAGACGGGUCCGUUGACUCAUGACGAUAGAGAGAGCAGGACAGUGGAUGGUGUCCGUGAGGCCGUCUCAACUGGCAUUUUCUGUUACAUUUGAUCGCACGUAUACACUAUAUAUACAAAAGUAUGUGGACACCCCCUCAUAAGUGGAUUAGUCUAUUUCAGCCACACCGGUUGCUGACAGGUGUAUAAUAUCAAGCACACAGCCAUGCACUCUCCAUAGAGAAACAU